AUGGCCCCCGCAAGCCUGGGAGCGUUUAUCGAAGUCGAGAGCUCUUCUCACAUCUCGCGGCCACCGGCCACAGUGCGAAAGGACAAGCAGGGCAUCUCACGACCGCCGUCCGAGUACAGACUCAGUGAGAUUCAGCAUCAACAGGGCUCAACAGGGAUUGCCGAGCCGGUGAAACCAUCCACAGUGAGCCCAUCGACACCCACGCCGACUCCCAGCGUAUUGGAAAAUCGUCUACCAUCACCAAACACGGAUGAUGUCACGGAGUGGGCUGCAGAUCGCUCGGCAACGUCGUGGAAGUCCAAAUGGCGACUGCUGAGCUGCUGUCUGAUCAAUUUCGGCAAUGGCAUGAACGACAGUGUCCCUGGUGCCCUUAUUCCGUACAUGGAGAAACAUUAUGGUAUCGGGUACGCCGUGGUCUCAUUGAUCUUCGUGACCAACGCUCUGGGCUUCAUCUCUGCGGCCCCCGUUACGCAUGCCAUCGAGCACAAGCUGGGCCGAUCCAAAAGCUAUGCGCUCGCCAUGUCGUUUCUUAUCGUCAGUUAUGUGAUCAUAAUUUGCCAGCCGCCUUUCCCCGUGGUUGUGGCGUGUUUCUUUCUGCUUGGAUUCGGCAUCGCGCUCACCUUGGCCCUGAGCAAUGUGUACUGUGCCAACUUGCCGAAUUCUACCACGGCCCUGGGCUGCGUCCAUGGCGCCUAUGGCAUUGGAGGUACAGUAGCGCCGCUAUUUGCCACUGCGAUGGCGUCGAGCGGUAUCCGCUGGUCGCUCUUCUACACCAUUUCGUUGGCGGUUAGCCUGGUCAACCUUACCUAUGCCUCGUGGGCGUUCUUCAACUUUGAGAACGAUACCCCAGCGGAGUUGUUGCAUCCAACCGCUUCGCAUCCCGCGGGAGAGAGCGAGCCGCUGACCCGAACGCAGCUUCUCCAGAAAGCCAUCCGCAAUCGCACGACCCUCCUCGGGGCCCUGUUUAUCUUUGCCUACCAGGGUGCCGAAGUCUCCACAUCUGGCUGGGUCGUGUCCUUCCUCAUCAGCUACCGACACGGCGACCCCUCCCGAGUCGGAUAUGUUAGCGCAGGCUUCUGGGCUGGCAUUACUGCGGGCCGGUUCCUGCUAGUCCAUCCUGCCGCCAAGCUGGGCCACAAGGUUGCGGUCGUGAUCAUGGUGGCAGGCGCUGUGGCCUUCCAGCUGAUGACCUGGCUCAUCCCCAACGUGAUUGGGGACGCCGUGACGGUCGCCAUCCUGGGUCUUCUGCUAGGCCCUGUGUACCCGUGUGCCACGGCAGUUUUCACUAAGCUGCUCCCACGGAACAUGCACAUCUCCAGUCUCAGCUUCAUUAGCGCUCUUGGCAGCAGUGGGGGCGCGGUCUCGCCCUUCUUUACCGGUAUUCUUGCUCAACAUGUGGGGACGAUGGUGCUGCAUCCGAUCUGUAUUGGAUUGUAUGGAGUGAUGGCAACUAGCUGGCUUCUCUUGCCGAAGAUUUCCAAGAGAUCCGAGUAA